AUGGCAGCCACCAUGGGCUCAGGAGUAAAAGUCCCUCGCAAUUCCCGACUGUUGGAAGAACUUGAAGAAGGCCAGAAAGGAGUAGGAGAUGGCACAGUUAGCUGGGGUCUAGAAGAUGAGGAAGACAUGACACUUACAAGAUGGACAGGGAUGAUAAUUGGGCCUCCAAGAGUGGACCCAAGAGCCAUAUCAGGGCUAGCAAAAUGGCAGAAUUCAUAUAGCAUCAAAGUUGUCCUGCAAGAGCUUUGGCACCUAAUGAUGUCUAAAGAAAAUAUGAAACUCCCUCAGCCACCUGAAGGACAGUGUUACAGCAAUUAAUCAAAAAGAAAACCACAGGCCCUCCCCCUUCCCCCUAUUCGAUUUAAGCAGUCUUCAUUUUCCACAGUAGUAAAUUUUCUAGAUACGUCUUGUAGACCUCAAAGUACUGGAAAGGAAGCUCCCAUUCAAAGGCAAUUUAUCUUAAGAUACUGUAAAUGAUGCUAAUUUUUUGUCCAUUUGAAAUAUAUAAGUUGUGCUAUAACAAA